CCAAUGCCCGCGCCGCUCUGCUGCGUCCUGCAGUUGGGAUCCUCUACCUGCCCACACGCGGCCCCAGCCAGCCAGCCCGUGGAGCCCCCAGCGCCCGCGCUCCCGCUCCCGUCCCGCGCACCGAACAUUCCAGGGUCCACAGCGCAGCGGGGUUCAGGAUCUGGAAGAGGAGCCGCACACAAAUGAAAGAGAAGAGACAAGAGAUAAAUUGGAAAUAUUGGGGGGCCAGGCGGAGUCCUGAAGAAACACCUGCCCAGUGGCUGGCCAGGGGUUCAGGGAGAGACAGAUUUGAUCCCUGAGGCCUGAGAAGGAGCAAGGCCCACUGGGAACAUGGCGACUGCCCCCGGCCUCCAGCCCGCAGCACCCCUGGAGGAGGAUGAGAUCCUGAUUGUGAAGGUGGAGGAGGACUUCCACUGGGAAGAGGAGCCCUCCCUGAAGAUGGAAGACCCCAGCCCUGAGACCUUCCGCCAGCUCUUCCGGCUCUUCUGCUACCAGGAGGUGGCCGGCCCUCGGGAGGCCCUGAGCCGCCUCUGGGAGCUCUGCUGCCGCUGGCUGCGGCCGGAGCUGCGCACCAAGGAGCAGAUCCUGGAGCUGCUGGUGCUGGAGCAGUUCCUGAUGGUGCUGCCCGGGGAGAUCCAGGCCUGGGUGCGGGAGCGGCAGCCGGAGAGCGGUGAGGAGGCCGUGGUCCUCGUGGAAGGGCUUCAGCGGGAGCCCAGGAAACAGAGGGGCCCGGAGGUACUCUCUGACCAUGCAGUGCCCCACCAGAUGGGGGAACAGCCUUUGAAACGUCAGGCAGAGGCCCAGCCAAAGCAGUUGUCCCUGGAGGAAGGAGCUCGGGACUCCAGCCAGCAGCCCCCAGCCCAGCUAAGCCACAGACAAAAAAGAAACCCUGACCUCUGGCCAAAGAAGGGCCCAGUCACCUCCCCGCACCAGGAGAUGGCAGCACCAGCCACAUCCCUCCUUGCAGCCUGGUCCCAGGUACCAGUGGCCUUGGAGGACGUGGCCGAGUACCUGUCCCAGAAGGAGUGGGGGCGUCUGGACCCAGCUCAGCAGGACCGAAGCCGGGACACGCUUCCCAAGCAUGAAGGCCUUGGAAUGCAGUUUAAGGAUGGAGAGGACACACAGAUGAGAACAGAAUGGGACCAAGUGCUGUCGGCUCGGUGCAGGGGUCCCAGCUCCCCAUUCCUAGGUCACAGACCAGCCCCCGUCAGGGGUUUGACCAAAUCUGAACAACUUCUGGAAAGAGGGGGGCCCUCCAGGGUGGCAAAGCCAUACACGUGCCCCGAAUGCGGCAAAGGCUUUAGCAAGACGUCACACUUGACCAAGCACCAGCGCAUACACACCGGCGAGCGGCCGUACCAGUGUCCAGUGUGCGGGAAGGGCUUCAGCGACCGCUCCAACUUCAGCACCCACCAGCGGGUCCACACGGGCGAGAAGCCCUACCAGUGUGCCGAGUGUGGGAAGCGCUUCAGCCAGAGCUCCAGCCUGGUCAUCCACCGCCGGACACAUACCGGGGAGCGGCCCUACGUGUGUGCCGAGUGUGGGAAACGCUUCAGCAACAGCUCACACUUCAGCGCCCACCGCAGGACCCACACAGGCGAGAAGCCCUACACAUGCCCAGCCUGUGGCCAGGGCUUCUGCCGGGGCACCGACCUCCACAAACACCAGCGGACCCACAAUGGGGAGAAGCAUCCACAUAGCGAUACCAAGCGGGUGUAGCCACUACCCAGACCCUCCAGGAGUUCCCAGGACCAAAGCCUGACUACCAUGCUCAGUUCAUGAAGCUGCCAGAGCCGGAAAUGCAGACCUUAAGGCACCUUCACAUGGACUCUGCUCCCCUGGGCCUGGUGUGAGACACAGCAGGGGACAUUUCAGGUGGAAUGCUGGGCACAGGGCCCGGUGUAUUCGGUUCUAGGGCUGCUGCAUAAAUGACCACACACUGGCCGGCUUACAACAACCGGAAUUAAUCUGUCCGUCCUGGUGUCUACAGCACUGGUGUCCUCUGGAGGCUCUGGCAGAGAAUCCUGUGCCUCUUCCACUUCCCCUGUGGCCCACAGACCCUGAUGUUCCUGGGCCUGUGGCAGCAUCACUCCGUGGCUGCGUCUGUCGUCACACGGCCUUCUCCCUGUGUCCUCUCCUCUUCUAAGGAUAUAGUCAUUGUAUUUACUGGCCUCCCUGAAUGACCUCAUCUUAACUAAUUACAUCUACAAUGUCCCUAUUUCCAUAUAAGGUCACAUUCUGAGGUUCUGGUUGGACUAGAAUUUGAGGGACACUUUCAAACCACUGCAGGGGAAGCUGCAAUGGCUGCAGUGGCUUAUGGCAUUACAUACCCCAGCCUUCCCCUCCAGCCUUGCUACACUUUCUAAAUGAAGGUGGUGUGGGUUUUUCCUACAUUCCAGUGGUGUCGAGGAAAUGGGGUGCCUGACUGGUGUGGCUCAGUGGUUGAGCAUUGACCUAUGAACCAGGAGGCCUCGGUUCGAUUCCUGGUCAGGGCACAUGCCCAGGUGUGGGCUCAGUCCCCCGGUAGGGGUCAUGCAGGAGGCAGCCGAUCGAUGGUUCUCAUCAUUUAUGUUUCUCUCUCUCCCCCUCUCCCUUUCUGAAAUCAAUAAAAAUAAAUUUUUAAAAAGGGAGAUGGGGUGAUUUGGGUGUUACCUUUGAAGAUCCACAGUUUCGUAGGAUGGAUGCCUGACUCCAUCUCCAGACCUCCCCAACCCAUGAGGAAGCCUGGGGAUUUGACUGGCCUUGCCAUCCUCCCAGGGUAAGGGGCCAGGUCUGCCUCUGUGCCAGCCCCAAGUGGCCGUGUUCCAGGAUACAGGCUAGUCGUGGUUGCCCCCGUGGUUGCUAGUCGGAGGCAGACAUGCCUCUUUAUAUCCACGGUCUCCUGAGUGGCUGAGGGAAGAGGUAUAAAGUCCUUGUCCAGUUUAGUCAUCUCUGGAGUCAUGGGGCAGCUGCUGAAGUCACUGGUUCUAGAAUAUUUUAUCCAGAAGUGUGACUGUUCCUUAUUGCUGGGUGGCGUUGGCUCUCAUGCCAGUUCUUGAUGCUCCACUGUUUUGUCACUUAAUUGCUGUAUAUAUUUUCACCUUUCUACACAACCCAGGUUCCAGGGCGUGUGACAGUUCUCCCUUAAUAAAUUGUCAGUCCUCCUCCCAGCCCCAUUGUGCU